CGCAUGAUUUUACUAUUAUUUACUUCCGCCGCCGAUUAAAAAAAGACACAGAAGAGCCCUUGCGCGUUUUUGUCCAGCAUUCUUUACGCAUAUACAAGCAACUAUAAAAAAGAACCAAAGAUGAACAGAGGACCUGUUGUACUUACAAUUGAUGAAGCAGAAUAUUUGUUGGAUCAGUUACCCAUGCCUGAUCGCGAAGAAGAUGCAAUGGUGACCAAAUUGCGCGAGAAGCUUCGUGCUCUUUUAACCGAGCUUCGAAAAGGUGCUGAAGGAACCCAAUAAGGGAAUGAAAAGAAAGCUAUAGCUGUUGUACUUGACAUUGUCUUGAAAAUGCAUACUAUAUCUUUUACUACUGCUACGUUGCUACCUACUUUGCAUAUACACAAACAAUUAAACUUUGCUCAUACACACAUAUAUGCCCUCAUCAUCGCUUUCCUACUGUGCUAUGUAGAGCGAGAGUUUAUACACGAGAGAGUCUUAAGUUGACGAGCAAAAGAGCUGAGAAGAGAGUGCACCGUAGAAAAAUAUGAUGGCUUGAUGAAAAUAUUUGGAAGGAAGGCAAUUGCUUGCUCAAUAGGUGUGGGAGGACAUAGAAACGGGAAUACCCUUACGAAUAAUGCGAGUAAUCCUAUUAAAGAAUCAGUCAUGGCUCAAUUAUCACUAAAACUGUCCAACAUCGUUUGGGUCGAAGAGU